AUGCCAGGUAACGAAGUGAUAUCUGAAAUGGUAAAUAAAAUGAAAGAAAUCGGAGAUUGCUUGGACAAACUACUGAAACAACAAAAGGCCGAAUUCUCCGCAACGAAUGUCCCGUUAGCGCCUUUCGAUACACUGGACAUGCAACUACUCCUUGGUGAAGCAGAGGUCCCACCUUCACGAAAUCCAUUUGAUGAAGUGGAAAAAUCUGGAUGCGCUGCUCGGGAGCAGGAGGAUCUGCUAUUGUUUGAAGCAGAUGUGAUGCUCCAAGAGUACGAUCAUUUAAAAAGUUUUCAACGGAAACUUAAGAACAAACCUAACAACGAAAAGGAGGGAUGUACCGAGAAUCAGGAAGAAACUUAUUCCACAAACGAUGACCGAGUUGAAAUUCCCGUGAAGGAUGCACAAGACGAGUCAUGUGAAUGCCCAGACAAGAUAAAAUUGGAUGGUUGGGAGGCUGUAGGAGGUGAGUCGGUUAAGAAAAACGAUGGAAAAACCGAGUUAGGCGGAGAGUUCUCUAAAACUAACGUGGCCUCAUAUUAUCAAGAUGAACCGAGCAAAAAGAUUGAAGGAUUCACAGUGAGGCGACCGAAUGAAUUCUGCGAGGGCUCAAACGUUGUCUGGCGUAAUGAAUGCUUUCAUCCAUCGAGUGCACAACAUGAACGAUCCACACGAGGAGAACACAACGAUGACGAAGAAGAAAAGAGGGCAAGUGAUGGAGAAGGCGCCAGACGAUUGUCGUUCACCAACUGCAACUCCUAUAUGCGGGCAGCUGUGGAGUCAUACGCUCAUCUCAGUCUUGGUGAAUUCGAAAAAGGGUACCAUUGUGAAUCGCGCUACACAUCGAUGCAUGGCACUCCAUCAAAGCAACGUUAUAAGCUUCGUAUAAAAAAACGCAUGAUCUAUUGCAUAUCGAAUUUUCUUUCUUUUGCUUAA